AGCGCAUGCGCAGGGAGGCCGCUUCGCUCAAGCUGUCAGCUGUGUGUGUCGCCGCUUUCCUCCGCCACCAGGGAAUGUCCCGUGAAGCCACCGUAGCGCUCAGACGUCUCUGCGUUAAGGCCUGAGGACAAGGGGCUCUGCUUCUCCGCGAUUACCUGUGAUGCUCACUAGACUAUGCUGUCAUCCUCCUCCCUCGUCAUCAAACAAGCUGCAACAUCUGGUCUGUUUUUGGACGAAUAAGGGAGAAUAACUCCUCUGAACCCCUAUAGCCAACAGUGGCAGGCUCUGGAGUGCGGUACAGCAAAGCCAUGGAUCCUUGAUCGUGCUGGACCACCACUGAGCAGAACGGACCUCUCUAUCCCCUGACACUGUAUCCACCAGGGGCCGGUUGGGACGACCGCGUCGUGGAGCUUUCAUUCCCAGUCACAUCUGAUCCGUUGACUUUGUCGGAGCGAACCGAUCGUCACGAUGUUCUCUGCCCUGAAGAAGCUGGUGGGGUCCGAGCCGGGACAGCUCAGGGACAAAAACAUUCCCGCUGGCCUGCAGUCCAUGAACCAGAGUCUGCAGCGCCGCUUCGCCAAGGGAGUCCAGUACAACAUGAAGAUAGUGAUUCGCGGGGACAGGAACACGGGAAAGAGCACCCUAUGGCACCGACUUCAGGGGAAGAAGUUCCUGGAGGAAUACCUGCCCACGCAGGAGAUCCAGGCGACCAGCAUCCACUGGAACUACAAAAUGGCCCCGUACCAAGCUACGGAUGACGUGGUCAAGGUAGAGGUGUGGGACGUUGUGGACAAAGGCCAGAAAUAUCCUCUUCUUGAUGGCAAGGGAAAGAAGCGCGGCGAAAACUUGAAGAUGGAGAAUGAGACCCCGGAGUCGGACGAGGUGGCGCUGGACGCAGAGUUCCUCGACGUCUACAAGAACUGCAACGGUGUCAUCAUGAUGUUUGACAUUACCAAGCAGUGGACGUUCAACUACAUCCUGCGGGAGCUGCCCAAGGUGCCCCCCCACGUGCCGGUGUGCGUGCUGGGGAACCACCGCGACAUGGGCGAGCACCGCGUCAUCCUCCCCGACGACAUCCGCGACCUCAUCGCCAGCCUCAACAGGCCGAUGGGAGCGUCCUACAUCCACUACGCCGAGUCCUCCAUGAAGAACGGCUUCGGCCUCAAGUACCUCCACCGCUUCUUCAACAUCCCCUUCCUGCAACUGCAGAGAGAGACCCUGCUCCGACAGCUGGAGACCAACCAACUCGACAUGGACGCUACUCUGGAGGAGCUCUGUGUUCAGCAGGAGACGGAGGACCAGAACUACGAGAUCUUCCUGGAGAACCUGGAGACCCGCAGCAAGGCCUUCGGCUCCCCGGGGCCCGCCAACGGCCAGAGCCCGUCGUCGGGCUCCCAGUCCCCCGUGGUCCCCCAGAGCGGGGCCUCUACCGGCAGCUCCAGCCCCAGCACCCCCCAGCCCCCCACCCCCUUCCAGACCCAGGGCUCGGCCCCCCAGCCUCCGCCCGCCGCCCCCCCCUCCUCCGCCCCGGCCCCCCCCUCCACCCCGGCCGAGCCCUGGGGGGCGGUCCAGUCCCCCGAGCACCCCCGGCUGGCCCAGUCGCCGGCCUCCGGGGCCUCCGGGGCCUCCGGGGCCUCCGGCGCCCCCAGACCCUCCACCCCGGCCUCGCCCGCCCUGGCGGCCCCCCAGGACCAGGCCCCCCAGAAGCGCGGCUUCAUCUCCCGCUGGUUCGGCUCCUCGGGGCCCCCGGAGGCCCAGUCCGCAGCCCCAGACGGCGGGGCGGAGCAGCCCGUGUGUCCCGCCAGCGUCAGGAGCGUGGACGACUUCGUCCCCGACGAGAGGCUGGACCGCAGCUUCCUGGAGGACGGGGGGGGCUCCAAGGCUAAAGCCCCCCCGCCCGCCCACAGCAACGUCCUGGACAGCGACAGUGACGGCGAGGGCCGGGGCAACCCCAUGGUGUCGGGCUUCCAGGACGAGCUGGACCCCGACGACCAGGCCCUGCCCCUGCCCCGGGGCCCGGCCCGCGUCCAGCCCCCCAGCCGGGACGUCACCCUGACCAGCGACGAGGAGGACCCCCCCGCACCCGCCCUCACCCCCCACGUCCUGGACCUGGACAGCGAGCCGGAGAUGAAGAGGUCCGUCAUCAGCACCACCAAACCAAAGGCCGCGGCCAAGAAGGGUUCGGAGCCCAAAGCGCCCGGCCAGCUCCUGCUGACCCCCGCCCCCAUCUCCCUCACCCUGACCCCCACGGCCGAGCAGCCAAUCAGCAGGCAGCAGGGCAAGAAGAAGGGCAACUCCCCCAAGGCGGAGGACUCCGACACGGAGACGGAGACGCCCGUGGCCCAGCAGACGCUGUCCUUCGUCAUGGACGACCCCGACUUUGAGUCCGACGCCUCGGAGACGCCCCAAGUGACCAAGGAAGUGUUUCCGGUCAGGGCGGAGCUUCUGUCUGACCUAUCGGAGGACGAGGUGCGGCCGGCCAAAGGGGCGGUGACCCUUAAGCCGGCCGUCAUCUCCUUCAAACACAAGAACGACACGGACCUGUUCGGGCUGGGCUUCGGAGAGGAGCCGACGGCCGCCAAGGACAGCAGUGACGAGCAGGAAGAGAAGGAAAGCAAACCCUCCCUGAAGGAGAAGAAGAAGAAGAAGAAGAAGGUGAAAGAGGUCGAGGAGGAGGAGAAAAGCAAGAAGAAACACAAACACAGGAAGAAGGAGGAGGUGGCGGCCGGGGCGGCGGAGGACAAGGAGAAGAAGAGGAAGGCCAAGCCGUCCCGGGCCAAGAAGACGGACGUGGACGAGCUGGAGGACUUCCUGGGCGGGGGCGGGGCCUCUGUGCGGCCCGAAGGCGGGGACUACGAGGAACUCUAGAGCGCAAAGAGGGCGGAGCCUCCAUCGAAUGUGUGCGCGUGCGUGUUCGGACCUCCAGCAUCUCCCCCCCCCCCCCCCCCCAGAACCAAACACACGCCCUCCUCAUUGUCUUUUCCGACCAAUGAGAUCAAGGCGAGGAGACUAGAACCGUGCACUGUAAGAGAUGAUUGGAGCAGAGCUCCCCCCUCCCGCCCCCCUGUAAUUUGGACUCUCUUACAACUGACUGUGCUUAAUAGUUUGGUUUUAAUUCAGUUUUCCGGUGGAUGUCUGCACAGCCGUAGUCCGGUGUGGUGAGGGCUCCCUUAGGGCUCCGUCGUGGUCGUGGUCUGAUGUCUCUGUGUUUUUAGUGUAUCGAUUGCGAGCAUGCUCAGUUUGGUGACUGAUACCCUUCCGAUCGCCCAGAUAGAUGUAUUGAUUAUCGUUUGUCCCUUGCUCUUCUGCGGUCGACGGACUCUAUCAUGGCAGCUUUAGGCACGCGCCUGCCCCCCACUGUGUCGUGAGCCGAAGAAGAAAUCUGAAUCCACAAAGAAUCAUCCUCAUCCUCAUCCUCAUCUGGGGAGACGCGGCCGUCAAGCACUCCACCUCUCCCCCACGGUUACCGUCGUCGUGUGUGCGUUUGCAUCCAUCGGCCGCUUCAACACUAAUGACUUCACAAACUGCACCGAGGAACGGGGCCGUCAAGACGCGGGCGGGCGAGGCUCUGUUGGUUUGAGUUUGUGUCUUUUGUUUUCGUUUGUUUCUUUGGAUUCUCUAUUGGUUCCACAUUUCCUCAGGGGCCUUAAAGGUUGAGGUCGCUCCAUACAUUUCAAGUGUUCUUACUGUAGGCCGUGUUUCAUGUUUAGAGAACUCCUUCCCACUCGCUCUGGAUCCCCGACGCCCGGUCCGUGGAAGCUGUGGAGCUCCACGCUCGACCACAAUGCGCUCUUGUAUUAGAUUGCAGUGGAUCCACAACUCGGUGUGUUCGUUAAUUCUCUAACUCUUAACCGAAUAAGGAGCCGCUAUUUCUGCCACUACAACCUUUUUCAAGACCAGUUCUUUUAACGUUAGAUUAUUUUUUUUGGCGUAAAACGUGUCGUUUUUGCUUGUGUAAAGUGCAUAUCAUGGCCGGCACCCUCUCGGGUGCUAUGAAAGUACUGCAGCCGAGCUAGGGCUGUGAGGAUCGGUUUAUUUUAUUAAUGUCCCCGUUGACUCUCGCCCACCGUCUCCCCUCCUUCCCUUUCUCUAUGUCGUCAUGGAAACGUGUCUUUGCCCGGAUUCAUCGAUUGAUGGACUCCGGUCAGAGGAUGCUCCCCUCUGUGCAGUCAAGUUUGGUUAGGCCGUUUGGCCAGCAGGACUGUACUGCCUCAAACCGGCUGUCCCCCUAUUUACUGUCACCCACUAAGACACAAGACUAAGUUAUGUGGAUUUCUUUAUUAAAAACCUUUUAUUUACAAAGCGACCAUGAUAAUGGAACGGCUUGUCUAUUCCCCCUGUCACGUUUUUAUUUGGUUGCUUUACAGCUGACUUUGUGUUUGAAAUCUUCUCCAAGAUGAAACUAUGCAGCCUCCAUCGUCCAUACUGUGUGCUCAAGAGCUUUCUUUUUUAUGUCUUCUUUGAUGUGUGUGUGUGUGUGUGUGUGUGUGUGUGUGUGUGUGUGUGUGUGUGUGUGUGUGUGUGUGUGUGUGUGUGUGUGUGUGUGUGUGUGUGUGUGUGUGUGUGUGUGUGUGUGGGCAUAGCAAAAACAAAUGUAUAAAGUAUAAAAUGAUAUAUAUUUGAAGAUUUUUGUUCCAAAAUUAGACCUGUGUGAAGAGAAUGGUUAGCUGCGUUCUGGUUAUUGCUAAUAUGAGCUUAAGUCCUUUUCUGAACAAUAAAGACUGUCCGCCUAAGUAACUAAAUCUGCAAUAGCUCUAACGAUACACUCUUCAGCACUUUUUACUUGUCAACCUUCAAACGAUAUUCUAUGUGUUACGAUAUGUUUAUUUUGGAACCAAACCUUUCCUUUUUCAUUCCACCACAUGUUUACACUGUGUGAGUUUGCCCAUGUUGGUUUGUUCAAUAAAUGCAAACUAAUUUCAUCA